ACACACCUGAACCGGGCAUCAUUAAAUAAAGACACUAACACAGGUAGAACCCCUUGUCUAAUAGCUAAAGAAAAAAAUACAGUUUCUUCACCAAAGGAAAGGAUUCUUUGUCAUUCCAGUUAUUUACCAGAUGUCUAGAUGAAAACCAGCUGUAGACUUUGAGGACGCUCAUUGUUUAUUUAUUAGUUUGGACAUACUUGACAUCUACUUCAGUAAUGGAGCACCAACCAGGGAGUCCAGUGGCUGGGAAGGCAGAGGAACGAUCAGGAAGUCUACUCCUUACCUACUUCCAGGGAGAUAUUAAUAGCAUGGUAGAUGCACAUUUUUCACGUGCCUUAGAAAACAUCACCAAACCAAAGGGAGACAUCACUAAAAACAAGAAACCUCGCAAAUCGUUCAAACCCGAGCAGCCAAAUACAAGUAACUGGGACAUGCAAUCGCAUCUGUGCUUUGAAAACACAGAUUCUUCAGGACGGGUUGAGUUUGGCAGACACGAAGGGCUGCAGACAAACCCGCGUCUGCCACUUAACACUCCUGUGGAGAGCUCCAGUGUUUGGCUCGGUGGUCCACGGCAGGCCACGAGUCUGGUGUUGCCUCCCAUGGUGUAUCCCUCUGCUGCGUCUGCUGAGGGCUUGGCAGUGGCAGACCAUCAGUACAAUUCUCUAUUAAGUCUGCUGCACAGUGAGCGGCCAGACCUGGGCUCCGUCAUGGUAUCCUCCUCCAAACAGGAGCUCAUGCAAGGCUGGGCCCGGCAUCCGGGAUAUGGAGAGCAGAUGACUCCAGAUCACAGCCUUGACUCUGGUGUACCAAUGAUGGAGAAGAAGGACUUAUAUUGGUAUUAGACAAGUCUUUUUGCAGUUUUUUGACGUCUUCAUACAAACCAAAACCUGAUUCUCAAGAACAAGGAAGUCUUAUCUCUGUUUUACUUGUUUUAAGAGUUCAGAGACUUGAAAUGCUUCACCCAGAAGCCAUUGCACCUGACUACAUGCAGACAAACCAGUUCAAGAACAAGCUCAUCACGUAGUCCAGCAAAGUGAGUUUGAUUUGAAAAGAAAUUCCCUUAAGCAAUUUGGGGGUUGGUGGUUCCUCUGCUUGUAGUCAAAGCAUUUCAAGUGACAUACAGAAAAUUUGCCAUGCCAAGCCAUACCUAGAUAUUUAUUAUGUUAGCCUUUUUUUAAUAUAUAUUUGUUCUUGGAACACAAUUAAAUUAAAUCUACUGUAUGUGUUAAUAAACAAAUAAACAUGUCUAGAAUGAAAAACAUAAAAAUGGACAUUUUUUAAUUAAGAAUAACCAUAUGAGAAAAUAAAAUCUGCAAUAAAAAACACAAAAAUUUCAACACCUUUCUAUUCACAUUCUAGAAAUAUGUUUAUAACUGCCAUCUUUAAAUUAAAUAGAGUAAGCAAUCUGAACAUGGUGAAAAUGAAAGAGAUAAAAGAAAACAAACUGAGUUGCAUUCUGAACCGAGACAACCUGAGAUAUUCAUCUGACACCUCGCUUGUGUGGGCUGCCUGAACUGAUUUUUUUGUUUCUUUGUAAUCCUAGUUGAAAACAGACUGUAAAAAGUAUAUAUAAAUAUGUAUAGAGUAUAAGUAUAUGGCUUCUGUUAACAUUAAAGAUAACAAAUGUGAACAAUGUUUGCUGAUGUCUUUGUUCGUGAUCCGCUGUAAAUAUUGCAAAUAAACACAACAAUGUGUACCCUGAAUAAUAGAG